AUGAACUUUUCCGAAAUUUCAGAGGUGGUUCCUUGGGUAGAGCUUGCGCACGAUCUUGGGCAAGACCUGAACGCAGACCAGGGGGGGCUGAGCCCGCGGCUGUUCAAAAGCCACGCGUGGAAACCGCAUGUGCCCAAAGGAGGGCGUUACAUCGUGUGUUUUCGGGAUCCUGAGGAUGUGGUCUACAGCUUUUAUCGCUUCUUCGACGGGUGGUUCAUCCAACCCAAGGGCGCCGUGUCUUUCGAGGUGUUCGCUCGCGAGUUUUUUCUUCACCGAGAUUAUCCGACGUCUCCGAUGCAAAAUGCAUCGUAUUGGCAUCACUUGGUCAGCUGGAUGGAAAAUAUCGUCAAAAAGGGCGGUGGGCAGGAAGAUGAGGACGUGCUCUUGGUUGCCUUCGAGGACUUGAAGGGAGACCUGGAGCGCCAGGUGAGACGGGUCGCGACUUUCAUGGGGUACACGGGGGGUGAAUUCGAAGAGCGUGUCCGCGUGGCGACUGAGCACAGCUCCUUGGCCUUCAUGCAGAGGCACCGGGACAAGUUCGACGAGCACCUGACAAAGGAGGCGCGCAAUGAGGCCAUGGGGCUACCGCGGGAUGCCGGGCGAGAGAACGCCAAAGUGAAGGAGGGAGGCGUGGGGGCGGCGGCAGUGGCAAUGUCGCCUGCGCUGCGUGAAGCCAUGCAACGCCGAUGGCAAGAAGUGGCGAGCGAGUCGCUCGGCUUCGGCGAUUACAGCGAGCUGCUCGUGUGGCACAGGCAGCAGCAAGUGGGGCUAAAUGGGAGCGAGCCUUAA